AUGGAGAUCUGCAAUUCUGGUACGGUAUACUCUGAGACUAUACGUUCGGUUGGGAAGAACGGCCAACCUCAAGUUCGUCUUACCUUGCAAGAUAGUCCUUUCAUUUCAUGGAGUUUAACAAUUGUACAAUCACUCUCUCAUAUAUGUUUUUAAUUUUUAUAGGAAAACCAAUAGCCAUCCGGUUACGGGGACUACCAAGUUUUAAUUAUACUACAUCUAUUUCUGGUCGUGUGGAAGUAUUCUACAGUGGGAAAUGGGGAACAAUUUGUGAUGACGGUUGGGAUAUGAAUGAUGCAAGGGUUGCAUGUCGUCAACUUGGAUAUAAAUACGGUGUUAGAGCUCUUAGAAGGGAUUCUGUUCCUGAUGGUACUGGGCAGAUAUGGUUAGAUGAUGUUGCUUGUUCUGGAAAUGAGCUAAGCUUGAGCAGCUGUCCUCACAACGGAUGGGGCAAUAAAAAUUGCGGGCACAGUAAAGACGCAGGAGUAGAAUGUACUUCAACAGGUAUUGUACUUUUACUGGACUGGUUAUGUGAAAUUUUGCCGUCUUGGUCACUCAACUGUGUGUGUGACUUUAUUUCCCCAUGA